GCAAGUGGGGAAAAAGCCUAGAAAAAUAACAAGGGCAAAAGCUGGCAAAGAAAGUGUGUAGCAUUUUCAUGGAGUUUUUUCCCAUGAAGUCAAUGAAGAGGGUUCAAAACGUUGGCAUUUUCUGAUCUGUGGAAUAUCUUUUAGGUUGUUGUUUUUUUUGUAACUUGUUGAGGAAUUGAAGUAUCCAAAGUUCAAUCUUGUUGAAUAGACUGUAGAAAUGGGUGGUUGUUUUAGCAAGAAGUAUACCCAACAAGAUGCUAAUGGGCAUAGGGCAGGAAGAAGAGUUAAUCAAGCAUAUCAAAAACCACCACAACCCCAGCCAGAAAGGCCAUAUCAGCCUCAGCCCCAGCAGGAAAGGCCAUAUCAGCCACCGCCACAGCCAGCAUAUCAGCCACCGCCACAGCCAAAGCCACAACCUCAGCCCCACCCUGUUCCUGUUACUGUGCAGUCUGGACAGCCCCAAGACCAAAUGCAAGGACCCCAUAUGAAUAACAUAUUGGGAAAGCCUUUUGAGGAAAUUAGAAAGCUCUAUACACUUGGGAAAGAAUUGGGUAGGGGUCAGUUUGGAGUGACUUACUAUUGUACUGAGAACUCAACUGGGAACCCUUAUGCUUGCAAGUCCAUACUUAAGAGGAAGCUUGUAAGCAAGAAUGAUAGGGAGGAUAUGAAGAGGGAAAUUCAGAUUAUGCAGCAUUUGAGUGGGCAGCCAAACAUUGUGGAAUUCAAGGGUGCUUAUGAAGAUAGGCAGUCAGUACACCUUGUGAUGGAACUUUGUGCUGGAGGAGAGUUGUUUGACAGGAUUAUCGCCCGUGGAUAUUACUCAGAGAAGGAUGCUGCUGAGAUUAUUAGACAGAUUGUAAAUGUUGUUAACAUUUGCCAUUUCAUGGGUGUCAUGCAUAGGGAUCUCAAGCCAGAGAAUUUCUUACUGACUAGUAAGGAUGAAAAUGCUAUGUUGAAGGCAACUGAUUUUGGACUUUCUGUCUUCAUUGAAGAAGGGAAGGUGUACCGUGAUAUAGUUGGUAGUGCAUAUUAUGUUGCCCCUGAAGUGUUGCGGCGUAGUUAUGGGAAGGAAGCAGAUGUAUGGAGUGCAGGUGUUAUUUUGUAUAUUCUGCUCAGUGGUGUACCUCCAUUUUGGGCUGAAACUGAAAAGGGAAUAUUUAAUACCAUACUAAAAGGAGAAAUUGACUUCCAAAGUGAUCCAUGGCCAUCAAUAUCAAAUAGUGCCAAGGACCUUAUUCGGAAAAUGCUAACGCAGGAGCCAAGGAAGAGAAUUACUUCCGCGCAAGUUCUUGAACAUCCAUGGCUUCGACUUGGAGAAGCAUCAGAUAAGCCAAUAGACAGUGCAGUCCUGUCCAGAAUGAAGCAGUUCAGAGCAAUGAACAAGCUCAAAAAACUCGCAUUGAAGGUCAUUGCGGAAAAUUUAUCUGAAGAAGAAAUCAAGGGUCUGAAAGCUAUGUUUCACAACAUUGAUACGGACAAUAGUGGCACAAUCACUUAUGAAGAACUGAAGUCGGGAUUGGCUCGGCUUGGAUCAAAGCUAACGGAGACUGAAGUCAAGCAACUCAUGGAAGCUGCUGAUGUGGAUGGAAAUGGAUCAAUUGAUUACAUUGAGUUUAUUACUGCAACGAUGCAUAGACAUCGGCUAGAAAGGGAUGAGCAUCUUUUUAAAGCUUUUCAGCAUUUUGACAAGGACCAUAGUGGAUUCAUCACGCGAGAUGAAUUGGAAAACGCUAUGAAGGAAUAUGGUAUGGGUGAUGAGGCCACCAUCAAGGAGAUAAUCGCAGAGGUGGACACUGACAAUGACGGUAGGAUCAAUUACGAGGAGUUCUGUGCUAUGAUGAGAAGUGGAACAACACAACCACAACAAAAGCUUUUCUAGUGCAUCGAGAGCAAAUUACCCUUGCAACGAGCAGAGAACGUUCACCAGCCAGCACGAUGGAGAGAUGUCUAUCACGAGAGGAUCAGUAACUUAACAUACUUCCAUAUUUCUUCAAUCCUUCAGCUAUCUUCAAAAAGCACUGGAGUACAUGAGACCUUUUUCGUGUAGGUUGAGUUCGCGUGGAAAAUGUGUGUAUAGCUAGUUAAUGGUAUAUUUCGAGUUUCUUGUAAUGUAUUUGAUCCCCCUUCGUAAUUUUGUGUGGAUCGCGUUGUGAAGUUGACCUCCCGUAGAGAUUAUAACAAGACAAUCUGAAUAUAGCUUUAUGCUUGAAAAAAAA